AUGCAAGCAUCAAAGAAAGUAACUCAAGAGGAAGCUAACCAAUAUCAUUCUGACCCAACUCCAGGCAAAUUCAAAAUUGUACCAACUAAGCCUAUGAACAAUCAAAGAGAUCUUUCACUAGCAUAUUCCCCAGGAGUCGCAGUACCAUGCCUUGAGAUCCACGCUAAUCCUGAGAAAGCAUUCGAUUACACUAACAAAGGAAAUAUGGUAGCUGUUAUCUCAAACGGAACCGCUGUGUUAGGUCUAGGUAACUUGGGCGCUCUAGCAGGCAAGCCAGUUAUGGAAGGAAAAUCAGUCCUUUUCGGUAAAUUUGCUGGAAUUAACUCCAUUGAUCUCUGUGUUGAUGCGUACACCAUAGAUGAGUUUGUUAACUGUGUGAAGUUUUUGGGACCAUCAUUCGGAGGUAUUAAUCUUGAAGAUAUUAAGGGUCCAGAUUGUUUUGAAGUUGAAGAAAGACUCAAGAAGCUCAUGAACAUCCCAGUGUUCCAUGAUGACCAACAUGGUACCGCAAUCAUUUGUCUAGCUGGACUCAUAAAUGCUUGCGAAUCAUCUGGCAAGAAGUUUGAGGACCUAAGAAUCGUUUGUAAUGGUGCUGGAGCUGCUGGCAUAGCUUGUGUUAAUCUAAUUCAAACCUAUGGUGCAAGAAAGGAAAAUUGCUUAAUGGUCGAUACUAGGGGUGUUAUUUAUCAGGGAAGAACUGAGGGUAUGAAUCCAUAAAAGGAAGGAUUGGCUGUAGACACAGACAGAAGAACUUUGGCAGAUGCAGUCAGAGAUGCUGAUGUCUUCAUUGGAGUGUCAGCUAAAGGAGCUUUAACAAAGGAGAUGGUUAAGACAAUGGCUAGGGAUCCUAUCAUCUUUGCAAUGGCAAACCCAGAUCCAGAAAUUACUCCAGAGGAUGCUAGAGAAGCUAGAGAUGAUGCAAUUAUUGCUACAGGAAGAUCAGACUAUCCCAACUAAAUCAAUAAUGUCCUUUGCUUCCCAUUCAUUUUUAGAGGUGCCUUAGAUACAAGAUCUUCUUAAAUUAAUGAGCAUAUGAAGAUGGCAGCUGCUAAGGCUAUUGCCGCACUUGCAAGAGAGCCAGUUCCCAAGGAAGUGCUACAAGCUUAUGGAAGAGAUACCAUGGAGUUUGGCAGAGAAUACAUUAUUCCAACUCCAUUUGAUCCAAGACUUAUAUAUGUAGUAUCAAAGGCCGUGGCUAAGGCUGCAAUGGAAUCAGGAGUUGCUAGAGUUCAAAUUACUGAUUGGGAUCUUUAUGACUAAUAACUACAUGAUAGAAUCAAGGGAUCUUAGAUCAUAUGA